GAUGUCGGGAGAGAGCGUGGUGAGCUCGGCGGUGCCGGCGGCCGCGACACGCACCACCUCCUUCAAGGGCAGCAGCCCCAGCUCCAAGUAUGUGAAGCUGAACGUGGGGGGAGCUCUGUACUACACCACCAUGCAGACCCUCACCAAGCAGGACACCAUGCUCAAGGCCAUGUUCAGCGGCCGCAUGGAAGUGCUGACGGACAGUGAAGGCUGGAUCCUGAUCGACCGCUGUGGGAAGCACUUUGGGACCAUCCUGAACUACCUGCGCGAUGGGGCUGUGCCGCUGCCCGAGAGCCGCAGGGAGAUCGAGGAGCUACUGGCUGAGGCCAAGUACUACCUCGUGCAGGGGCUGGUGGACGAGUGCCAGGCAGCCUUGCAGAACAAAGAUGCCUAUGAGCCAUUCUGCAAGGUGCCUGUUGUCACCUCCUCCAAAGAGGAGCAAAAGCUGAUAGCCACUUCCAAUAAGCCAGCAGUGAAGCUGCUGUACAACAGAAGCAACAACAAAUACUCCUACACCAGCAACUCUGAUGACAACAUGCUGAAGAACAUCGAGCUGUUUGACAAGCUGUCUCUGAGGUUCAACGGGCGAGUGCUGUUCAUCAAGGACGUGAUUGGGGAUGAGAUCUGCUGCUGGUCCUUCUACGGGCAGGGCCGCAAGAUCGCCGAGGUGUGCUGCACCUCCAUCGUCUACGCCACCGAGAAGAAACAGACCAAG